CCCUGGAUGGGACGCAGGCUGGGGUGGAGGAGCAUCACUGCGAUCAUGGAGAGCCCCACUGGCAUCCCUGAGAUCCCAGUUGCUGCUUCUUCCUCCCCUUCCUCUUUGCUCCUUCUCCGAUCCCUCUCCCGGCACACUUGCAGUGUCACCCGUGUCCCACUGAACACUCCAGAUCCAGAGCCAGACCUGAGCCCCUGGCUCUCCUACCAGCAAGCCCCCAGCCCCCUUCACUCCCUGGGGCUGAGCAAGCAGAGCCCCACUCAGGCUUGGAUCUCAGAGCCCCACACUCCUACACGGAGCUCAUCCUGGAGCUGCUCCGAGUCAUACGGGAAACCAGGCAGCCUUGGAGCACCGCUGCCAACUGCUACGGGCGCUGCUGGGGCGCUGGGGUCUGCUGGGACCUCCAGGGAGCCUCCAGCACAGGAGCCCCCCAGGAUCCAUCUGCGUGUAUGGAUGGAUGUCCUUGGUGCUGGCACGUCGCAGCUCCCGGUUGGGAGCAUCAGCAUGGACAUUGGCGAAUGCUGCUCGGCCACAGCCGCUCCCCCACCUCUGCAGGUCUUGGCGUCAGGGCCGUGGGCCAGGGCUCCGCUGGGGUCGUGGGCGCAGCCCCGGACGCUCGGGUCCCCCCGCCGCCGCCCCUUCCCGCUCCGCGCCCCCUGCCCCCUUCCUCCCCCGCGGCCCAAAGCAAAAGGCACCGUGCGUGUGGAGGCAGCGCCGGGAGGGGACGAAGAACGGGAGGCGGGGAAGCGGCCGGCCGAGCGCGGAGCGCCGCCAGCCCGGGAGCGCAGCCCCUCCUCGGUGGCCCUCCGUCGGGACGGCGGCGAGCAUCGGAACGGAGAAGGAAGAGAAGCGGAGCUGCUGGGAGGAGAUGGAACCUCGGUGCCGGCGCGGAAGCGGAGGGAGAAACAGCGCUGCUCGUCGUCGCGGGGAGAUUUGCUCGUGCUGCCGCGCGGGGACGGACAGCGCUGAGCUGCGAGCGGGGCCGCGACCGCCGCCCGAUGGGGCGCAGCCUUUCCCCCAGCGCCACCCGGCCUGCCGUGGUGCAGCGCCGCGCCGCGUGGAGCUUCUGGGUGGCAGCGGAGAGCAGGGCUCAGAACUGCGGCUCGGGGCUGUGGGGCCGUGAGGGGCUGUAGGGCAGUGACAGGCUGUAGGGCCGUGAGGAGCUGUGGGGCCAGGAGGAGCCCUAAGAGGCUGUAGGGCCAUGAGGAGCUGUGGGGCCCCGAGGAGCCAUCAGAGGCUGUAGGGCCAUGAACCUCCGCCCCACCUCUGCUGCUCUGGGUCGAACACCCCCAUGGACCCCAGCUGCGCCUCCCCCAUUUGGCCCUCCACACCCUUCCCCAUCUCCACAGCUCUCCUCUGUCCUGUCCCACACUCUGUGCAGGUGCAGAACCCGGCGCUGCUCCUGCUGAGCUUCGUGCAGCUGGUGAUUAAGCGACUUGAUGUCAUUACUUGAUAAUAAUGAUGACAGUGCAGUGCAAAGAAAUGUCUUUGCUCUCACAGCCUCUGCUCAGAUCUGCUGCUAUCUCAGCCCUCUGGAGCCCGCACUGAGCAGCAGUAGCACUGCUGUGCUUUAAGCCUGCAGCAGCUCUGCAGCACUCGGCCGUUUGCUCCCUGCCCCACGGUUGUGGGGGUUGUGGAGAGCAUUGGUGCAGACAGAAGCGUGAGAACUGGUCAGUUGAGAGAGAUCCUGCUGGAGUGGGAGGGGGCGACCGGGACCCCAGGGAGCAGCCGAGGAACCCCCAGCCCAGGAGCCCCCUGGGAUCCAUGUGCACAUACAGAUGCAUGUCCUUGGUACUGGGAGGUGGCAGCUGCUGGAGAGGGACACAGGCAUGGAUGUGGACAUGGAUAAGGAUGUGGAUGUGCCCCAGCCCUGAGCCCCUGCUCUGCCGGCAGCAGCCCCCAGCGCCCUUCAUUCCCUGGGGCUGAGCAAGCAGAGCCCCACUCAGGCUUGGAUCUCAGAGCCCCACGGAGCCUUCAGUGCCCCACUGCUCCCAAAUGGAGCUCAUCCUGGAGCUGCUCUGUGUCGUAUGGGAAAACCAGGCAGCCUUGGAGCGCUGCUGCCAACUGCUGUGGGCACUGCUGGGGCGCUGGGGUCUGCUGGGACCCCCAGGGAGCUCCCAGCACAGGAGCCCCCCAGGAUCCAUUUGUGCAUACGGAUGGAUGUCGUUUGUACUGGGAGGUGGCAGCUGCUGAAUGGCGUCACAAAGAGAGAGAUGGACAAUAAUAAGGACACAGAUGCAGACAGGAAUGGGGGAAUGAGCAGGGACAGAAAUGGGCGCAUAGAAGAGGAAGCUGAUGGGAGCGCCCGAAAUGAGCCUGGCCAGAGCGUCCUGAUGGAGCCAGGCAGGAGCAGCCACGGGGCAAAGGGCCCCUUCAUCUCCUCUGUCUUCUGCUGGACGAGCCCAGUGCAAGCAGCACGAAGCCGCCCCAGGCCCCUCUGCUAUCCAUGCUGUCCCUGGGAUCCCUGGUGUCACUCGAUCAAUCUGUGCCUGUGACAGGGGGGCUUUAGGGCCCUGGCCCCCCAGCCGGCCCCACAAAAUGGGAAGGGAAAAGGAAAAGGGGCCGGGAGAUGGAUGUGGAUGAAGAUGGAACUGUGAGCAAGUCAGCAGAGUUUAUCAGACUCCUUGAUAGACCCUGUGAGUGUGAAACCUUGCGAGUCUGGAGUGUAAGAGAGAGAGCAAAUGGGACCUAAGGGUAAACAGGAGGUUCUUUUUGUAUGCAGUGUUAAUCUUACCACACUUAGGAAACCUUUCAUGCUUUAUCACUGUGUUUUGGGAGAAGCUAGACCAAUGCACUGAUUAGAGGGACAGGAAUUCCUGCCUUGUAAGGGAAUGGUUCAUAAGAUGUAUGUGGAACACAAUAAAGGGAGCUAUUCUGAGAGCUAUACCGAUGCUGCAAGAAGCUGUGAGCGCUCUCUAACCCGACUGAGCGACGACAAAUGGCGCCCGAGCAGGGACACGAAGCUGGGACUGACUUGAAGGCUGAGCGGUGCGGAAGGCGCGCAGAAAAGCACGGAGCGCGGUUCUAAGCGCGUGGCAGGCGCUGAGAGAAGCGCCGCAAGCUGAGGAUUCAUUGUCGCCUACUAAGGGGGAUCAGACAGCGUUCGGGUUGCUUCAGACUUGGACAAAGGGCUUUGAGGAGCUGAAGAGCCACUUCAGCUCGCAACCUGACGCCCGCAGUCUGCCUGAGGGCAAAGGAGCGGCUGGUCGCUCCGCAGAUCGGCCCGCGAUGCCAUCGGCUCCCCGCCAUUGCCGUCGGUUUUCGCUGCCUCAGCGCACGAGGAGCCCGGCGGCCAUUUUGAUCCAGGCGCAGAGCCUGUGGGAGAGACGGGUUUGUGCCGUCCUGAUCCGCGCGCAGCUGUUGGGAGCGUGGGAACCGAAUGCUGUUUCUGCAGGAGAAUUGGAUAAUGUUAUUUUUAUUUCGUGGUCUCCGCCAUCGUGGUUCUUUUUGGGAGUCCCUCUACUUAAUUUGGGGAAGAUCUCUGAUAGUUCCCAUCACCGAUCCUCCAGACGAACCUUCCCAGGCACGCACGCUCUAUAGAGGUGUACAGAUGUCUGUUUUGUCACACUGCAGGACCAUCCUGCACGAGAGCAAACCAGAGAACAGCCACGGCAGCCCGAGGAAGCGCCUGCAGAGACAUCGGCAGGCCUGGCAUCAUCCCAGCGCUCUGUGUGUAAGGAAGACGUUAAAGAAAAUCACCAUAUCAAUACGAGGAGAGCACCGAGACAGCUUGGAAACAACAGGACGGCUGCUGACUGACGGCAGGCGCUGCUGCUUGCGGGACGCCGCCAUUGCAGCCGCGACUACGAUCUGCUGUUAGCAGAGAUGCCGUCCUGACAAACGUGACUUGGAGAUUCCCAGCAAUCUGGGGGCUCGCCCGGGAUUAUGAUCGCCUCUGUGGGAGUUUCCCUACCGCCCUGCCCAGGAUAGGGGCACCCCGCUGAUGGCCGCGGUCCUGUCUGGGUGCUGAGGUGCCUCCUUGGGACGGCCGAUAAAAAGCCGAGACUGUUCCAUAAGGACGGGCUCUGUGAAAGCCAAGGGCAGGCAGGCACGGGUGUUGGCCAUGGCGACCCGGUAACUUGGUGCACGGACCGAGAGUUGGCUGAGGUCGCUUAAUGGGUGCAAGAAGUACAGAAAUGUCCCUGGCGAGGAGUCGAAGUUCAAAGGAAAUAGGGAAGAGAAGCAGAAAGAUCAUAAAUGGAUCCCUUAGGUACCAGAACUUGAGCAUCAACAGGGAAACUGCAGUGCCCCGCAUGAUGUUGUGGUGUGGAACACCGAGAACCAAACACGGCAAAACCACGACACCACGAGCAGCACGAGCAACUCCUUGAGAGGAACAAGCGGGGUUUUCGGGCAUUAGCAGAAGGCCGCUUCCUCCAGCGCUCCUCUGCCUGCUGGGCUCUUCCCCUCCCACGGCCAACUCACCCCACGAAGGGAGGGGGGCUGUCAGCUCCAAAAGGGACCCACAUCGCCCCCAUGGCGGCCCUCCCCCCCAGACUACAGCCCUCAUCCCCUGGGAAGAAGGCUCCACACGGCGUCCUCGCCCUGAUGGCCCAGGGAUGGCAGCAGCGCCCCGCUCCUGCCCCGCUGUCCCUGGAGAUUCCCCCUGCAGCGCCCCCACAGCUCUGCUCUCCCUGUCCCGCUGCUGUUCCCGCUGUCCCCACUGCUGCGUGUUGCUGCCCAGCAGGCGCCGGGGGCCCUGCAAGCGGAGCUGCCGAACUGCUCAUCUCAGUGCCUCCUGUGGACCCGCUCCCAGAGCUCCCCGUCCUUCCUGUGCUGGGGGCCCCAGCAGGACGCAGCGCUGCAGAUGGGGCCUCACAGGAGCCGAUGGAGGGGACGAUCACCUCCCUCUCCCUGCUGGCCGCCCCUUUUUCAGGCAGCCCAGAACACAUUGGCUGCAUUCCGGGCUGCAGGCGCUCACUGCUGCCUCAUGCCCAGCUCCUCGUCCACCAGGACCCCCAGUCCUUCUCCACAGGGCUGCUCUCCAGGACAUCUUCCCCCAGUCUGUGUCAAUACCUGGCUUUGCCCCGACCCGAUGCAGCACCCUGCAUUCGGCCCUAUUGCACCUGAUUGGGUCCUCAUGUUGCCACUUCUCCAGCCUGUCCGGCUCCCUCUGGAUGCUUCCCUUCCUCCAACCCAUCGCCUGCACCGCUCAGCUUGUUGUCAUCACAGACUUGCUGAGGCUGCACUCGAUGCCAUCGUCUGAGGGACACCGCUUGUGGCCGGCCUGCAGCCCAACACAGAGCCAUGGAUCACAGCCCUUGGCCGCGUCCAGCCAGCCAAUUCCUCAUCCAGCCGACGGUCCAUCCUUCAGAUGCACGCCUCUCCAAAUCAGAGAGCAGGACGUGAUGAGGGACCGUGUCAGAGGCCUUGCAGAAGUCCAGGCAGAUGGCAUCCACCGCCAUCCACACUCCGUUUCGGGAGGACUCGGACCUGUUGCACUGUUACAGUGGGACAGAACCCACUCCCCACACGCUCACCUGGAGGCUCGUGGCCCUGGCAGACAUGGGAAGCCUGACCACCCGUGAAGACUGAGGCAAAGCGCUCCCUGAGCACCUCAGCUUCUUCUAUGAAGCCAGAUCCCCUCAUCAGUUACCUUUCAUCACCUUGCCCUGUCUCCUGCCUAUGUACCUGUAGAGCCCCUUCUUGUCACCUUUCACGUCCCUCUCCAGGGCUGAACUCAGAGCCCCGUCCCAGGUGCACAAUGCGGCACGGCUCCUGCUGAGCUUCGUGCAGCUGGUGAUUAAAGGAAUUAAUGACACUACGUGGCAAUAACGGUGAUACGCAGGGGAAAGAAAUUCCUUUGCUCUCACAGAUCUGCUGUUCUCUCAGCCCUCUGGAAGCCUCUGGAAGCAGAGCAGCAGAAGCACUGCUGUGCUUUAACCCUGCAGCAGCUCUGCAGCACUCGGCCGUUUGCUCAUUGCCCCACCAGGAGAUAGGGCAGAGCAGUGGCACAGCUAAAGCUGUAAGAGCUUGUCGGUUGAGAGCGGGACGGUUUGAUGAGAGAGAUAGAGAGGAAGAGAGGAAGAAAGCAAAGCAAAGGAUGCCCAAGGCAAUGGCUCGGUAGUUCCUGACUGAUGCCGGUCCCGAGCAGCAGCAGCCCCAGGGCCAAGUGCCCAGCUCACAGCUCAGCACGGCGCCCUGUGCUCCAGGAUCUCCCUUGGGCCUUUGGAGCAGCCGGCCCGGCUCUGUGCCCUGCAGCUCCUGGUGCAGCCCAGACUCCCCGCAGGCAGAGCAGCCCUUACAGAAGCCCCGCUCGCCCCAAACACAACACGCGGCACCCGACCGGCUCCUAGCAUCCAUCAGCUCCAUCCCACCCAGCCCAGCUCAGCGGGUCCAGCGCCAGCUGCUGGGAGCCCCUCUGCACCGAGGGCUGCGGAGCCAGAGCCGCUCAUCUCAGCGCCCGUGGGACCGCGAACCACACGUGCACCAAGGCCAGGGGGAUGGCUCAACAUGGACAUUUCCUGGGGGAAGCCGUUGAACCACUUGGCCACAGCGGGCAGUUUGGGGUGUUUGCGGGUGAGUUACGCAGGGCACGCGGGCUGGGGCUGCUCUACAAAGUGGGAGCUCAGCUCCGGGUGUCCUGCAGCUGCAUCACGCCGUGGGUCCUGCCUGAAGCAGAGCAAAGGUAACAGCGUGCUGCAGCUCCAGGGCUGCUCCCAGCACUGCGGCUGCUGGGGCUGCGCUGGGGAACCUUCUUGUCUGCAGCAGGGAACGGCAGCCGUGGGCCGGAGGC